AAUUAAUGAGUUAAAAUCAAAAUAAAGGAUUCAUAUUUUGUGUAUCAGGAUAAUCCAGUGACUUUGGAUUGUGUUUGGAGUAAGUUGCCCUUUCAACAGCCUCUAUUUAGGAACUGCUUGCUCUUUGUUGCUUAUGAUAUUAUGUUUGUACCAAAUUAUAGUGCGAGUCAUUGAAUAAAGAAGAAUUCUCAAAAGAAAGCAAUUCUUGUUUUUGAUAAUUUUAGCUGCAGAUAUAUGUAUUUAUAAUUUUAGGAUAGAAUUAAUAAAAUAGUUUUUCUAAUCUUCACGAUGGAUAGAAAUCUCACAUUUGCUUACUUUUUGUAUUUUUACUUUGAUUAAUGCUUUUUGAUUUUUCUAGUUUACUUCUUCACAAAAAAGGCAACUGAUCUCAAUGUUUAUAAUAAAAGCAAAACUAAAUUAGUGAGAGGUUGCACAUAUGGAUUAUUUGCUUUUUUUUCUAUAUUAUUAUUGAUAGAUAUUAUUGUUUACUACUUUAAGAAAGAAAAUUGUAGUUGUAUGUAUAAAUAUCUUACAUUUAGAUAUUACGCUAUUUGUGAUCAGACUAGUAGAGUUAUUUGCUAUAAUUAUAUUCAUCACAGGAGCUUAUUACUUGAAUAAAAAGAUGAAUGCUUUAAUAAUUGAAUAAAUAAUGUUCACAAAUAGAAUGACAGGAGUAGAAAAGACGCAAUACAUAAAAACUAGAAAUAUUAAAUUGAAAUUUUGGUAAGAAUAAAAUUAAGAUUAAAGGACUUUAGUUUGUGUGACUGCUUUUGGAUAAAUAAUUUAAUGGGUUGCGGAUUUAAUAUAUUUCAUAAAUUAUCGAUAAAAUUAAAGCAAAGGGUGUGAGUUACCUGCAUACGUAAAUUGGUUUCGAUUUUAUAUAGAAUGUGGUCUUAAAACCUUGGGUUGAUUUAUUGAUUUGUUUCUUUGGAUAUUUUUUGCCGUUAUUCUGUGCCGUGUAUUUGUUUUGGUUCAAAAAGAAAUAAGUAUAAUAUGUGGUAAGAAUGUCAUCCCGCUUAAAUAGAGGAAUCAUUAGAAGUAGAAAGUUUACCAGAACGGUACUAUCACAAAUUGUUAAACAAGUCGAAUAGUUCGUUCUCAUCUUCAAAACAAAAUUGAAAAAGAAAUAGAAAUUAUACAAUAAUUCUGCAAAUUAUAUAAUUAUAUAGUAUCUUCAAUUAAUUCAAUAUAUAUGUUCAAAGAAGAUAUGA